AUGAGCCAAGUUUACUUCGAUGUCGCCGCCAACGGCAAACCCCUUGGACGUAUCGUCUUCAAGCUUUACGAUGAUGUUGUUCCCGAGACCGCCAAGAACUUCCGCGAGCUGUGCACUGGCCAGAAUGGAUUCGGUUACGCUGGAUCUGGCUUCCACCGCGUGAUCCCCCAGUUCAUGCUCCAGGGUGGUGACUUCACCAACCACAACGGCACUGGUGGCAAGUCCAUCUACGGCGAGAAGUUCAAGGACGAGAACUUCAAGAUCAAGCACACCCGCCCUGGUCUGCUCUCCAUGGCCAAUGCUGGUCCCAACACCAACGGCUCUCAGUUCUUCAUCACCACUGUCGUUACCUCUUGGCUCGAUGGCAAGCACGUCGUCUUCGGCGAAGUUACCCAGGGUAUGGACAUCGUCUCCGCCAUUGAGCAGCUUGGAUCCCCCAGCGGAAAGCCCAAGGCUAAGGUGGAGAUCACCGCCUCCGGUACCGUCUAA